UAGGUGCAUGUCAUGAGUUUGAAACCAAGUCCGGUAUUUAAGCUGAGAAGGGUAGAGUGGGGGCCCAUUAUGACUGAAUUUCGUAGCUAGAAACAGCGGUUUCUCUAAAUAAUGAUAAGGUAGGUGGUUCUGUUACCAUUCUCAAAAAAAAAAAAAAAAAAAAAAAAAAAAAAAAAAAAAAAAGAAAGAUGAUAAGGUAGGUGGUUGAGUAGAGAAAAGUUAAAACUUGAUAUUAAAUAGUUGAAAUGCUGGUGAUUACCACAUACUAUCAUCAUUUUAGUCUCUUCUAUGUGCUAUGGUAGCCAAAAACAUGGCAAGAUGAGGGUAGUUGUUGUGUCAAUCUAGUGUCUUCAAUGAGCUUUCAUGGCCAAAAACAUGACAAGAUGUUGAUAGUUGUUGUGCAACCAUAGAGGUGUCAAAUUACACCUCGUAGUCUUCCAUAUAGUUAAAAGAAUGGCAUUUAGUGUAUUGUUGCUUAAGAGGUUACCAACAUUCUGAUGUCAUCAAAAAAAGGUUACCAACAUUCUGUUGAUGAGAUAGUUUGCCUUGGAUCAUAGACUUUGAGUGAUGAUAAGAAGCACUAUAAACAGUGGAAUUAUUGCUAUAAAACCUAAACAUGGAAUUAUUGCUAUAAAAUCUACAUAGUGCCAACAUAUUCCUUCUUAACUUAGCCCACGCCCUAUAGUUAAAAGAAUGGCAUUUAGCGUAUUGUUGCUUAAGAGGUUACCAACAUUCUGUUGAUGAGAUAGUUUGCCUUGGACCAUAGACUUUGAGUGAUGAUAAGAAGCUCUAUAAACAGUGGAAUUAUGGCUAUAAAAUCUACAUAGUGCCAACAUAUUCCUUCUUAACUUAGCCCAAGCACGCAAGGGUGUGGCCCAGUGGUCAAUGAAUUGGGUUAAGAACUAUGGGGUCUCUGGUUCAAAUCUCAGCGGAGGCAAAAACACUAGGGGAUUUCUUCCCAUUUUCCAAGCCUUGGAGACCAGAGUUACCUUGUACAUGUGCUGGUGGGAGAUAGCAGACAUCCCGUGGAGUUAGACAAUUGGUCGAGGUGUGCGCAUGGUGACCCGGACACCACAAUUAUCAAAAAAGAAACUUAGCCCAAAAUUACCGAUGAUCCUGUUUGAUAUUAAUGGAGGCUAUUUGGUGACAGUACAUUUUUAAACUGCGAGAAGAUAAAUGUAGUAUUUAAGCUGUACGUAAGCUGCAAGGGAAUUAUAAUAUCCCAGCUGAAAUUGGAGUGGACCAAAUAUUUGGUCUUAUUGAACCUGAUGCUAUUGGGGCUGGUGGUUUAAUAUGUUGCUAAUCAGAGUCACUGCAGCUAAUAGUUCUAGAUUUCACGGGGGUGAACAUGAAACCAUGUAGAACUCGAAGAGAUUGAAGAGUAGGAUGAAAAUUGCCGCUAAUUAGGUUCCACUUGUAAUAAAGAUAUGACAACAUAGAAUUUUCAGAUUCAUGAUGUUUCAUGACAUUGUGGUGAAACUAUGAAAUUGACACGCGAAAGAACGUAAAGGGGGAAAAGGGUCCAGCCAGACUGCAGCUCGACAGUAUAGAAGUGUACUUAAAGAAUCUGGAACCAAUAAAUAAAAUUUCCCUUUCCAAAACAAGCAUCAAAGUUUAAGGGAUCUAGAAAAUGACUUAGGAUUAGACUUCUUUUGAAAGGAUAGAAGCACUUGCAAGGUAACCUAGAGAAUAAACAGAAUUUAACAUAAGCUGUGUACUUGCUUUUGAAUAUGUUGUGAAACUUAAAUAUAUAGUAUCUUUUUUUUCAUUUAACCAUAAAGAACACAAUUUAUAGUUAGUGGUAAUAUAUUGUUUUUGACAAGGUAUGUUCGUAAUAAUUUUCCGGAAACUUGUUUUUGUUAGUAACUAGCAUGUGAAUUCAACAGUUUGAAAAAGGAAAAAAUUUAAUGUGGACUGAAGGAACUUUAAUAACACGGAAGUCUCUCAGGAAUCUUGGAUCAUUUCAGUCAGUUAAGCGGAACUGGUACAGAAAUAGGUGCUUUUUCUACAUUUUUUACCUUAUUCAUUGGGGGUUUCAAGAAGACCUAUGUGGGGCUACAUAAUUUUACUUGACCUUCUAGUUACUAUUGCUGCUAGACAAUGGAAAUGAUAGAGACUAUGUUACUCGGACUCUUCAAAAAUGGACACGGGUGCGUGUGGGAUCCUCCAAAAGCAGUGGAUUUUUGAAGAAUCCGACACGGGUGCAGCAUCAUUUUUGGAGAGUCCGAGCAACAUAGGAUAGAGAAGAAUGGGCUUGCAAGUUUGCACUUUUGAGUUUAUUACUACGGUCAUCUUGAGAGGGAGUCAGAGGCUCAAAGCAACACCUUAUCUUUGUUAUAUUCUUACAUUGCUGUUGCUGUUAUUGCUUUGGGAGAUUGUUAGCCUAUGAUUAUAGUAGCUUUUAUAGGGAUAACCAGAAAAUUGGAGUAAGUAGAUACAGACAUAUCUAAGGUGAGACGGAAAAUUGAACCAAAAGAGCUGCCAAUUUAGAAUAUCAUUUCAUUUUUCAGUUAGGAUGGACUUAAUGGUGUUUGAGCAACCGAACUUCCUCUCCAGUAUUUUCUUCUGGAGACUUUCUUCUGGUAACUGUGGUGGUCUGGGCCAGCUUGCCCUCACCCCGAUUAAUUCCACGGGGUACCUAAUACUUCCCACCAGCACAGGUAUUGGGUUACUCUGUUCACCAAAGUUUCGUCGGGAGAUAUGUUUUGCUAUCUGAGUAACUGAUGUUCCCUCUAUUUCAUGGCCUUAUUUGUUUUGUACCGUGAAGGGGAAACUUGGAGCACCAGUAAAGUUGGGUCAUGGUGAGACGUAGAAUCAGCCAUUGAUGCUUGCGUUAAGGUAGGCUGCCUCACACCCCUUAGGGUGCGACCCCUCUUCUGACCCUGUGUUAAUGAGGAUGUCCAUUUACCGAGUUGUCCUUUUAGUUCUCUUAGUACUCUUGUUCAACUACCCGUCUGUCUGUAGAAUUUGUUGGGUGUCAUUUUUGUUAUCCAAAGUUCAGAUCUAGCAGGGGGAAGAACUUGUGAACCUGUAGGGCUGUAUUAAUAAUCUUGGGCAUGCAAUUGAGGAAGAGUAUUAGAUGUUGGAAGUGGUUUCAAUCUUUAUACGGGCUUAUAUGAUUCUUCUUGUCACAUUCGAGUCUGUCUAGUGUCAAAGUUUCAAACUGUUCUAGCGUCAGAAUGCUGGAAGUAUUUUAAGCACAAAAUGACUUAGACAUCCAAUGCUUAUGGCCAUGAGCACACAAACCAAUUUGAGGUAUGUGGUCAUACAAGAUUUGGCUCUCAAAAGAAAAAAAGAAAAGGGAGGAGAGGGGUCAGUGUUCGAUUGAUAUGACAAAGGGCUUUGAUAUAUGAUUAAAAUGAGAGGACCUGUUACCAUUUCCAAAAAAAAUAAAAUGAGAGGAGGUCGUCUCAGAUAAUUUGAUUAUGUCUUCAGUAGACUCUCUUUUUAAAGCAUUUUCCUCAUUAAACUUACACUCGUGUUGGGAGAAUGGAAAUGAAGAGAGAAAUGAUAUUCCUCAGUUGGAGGGGAAAUCCAUUUCCUUUUAUAUCUGUCUUAAUUGUUACUAUUAUUAACUGCUUCAAUUGAUACUUUGGAAAUUAUUAUCAACUCUAGAACAUUCAAAAUUUUCAUCAAAUCUUCAGUACGAAACACUGUCAAAUAUCUGACACUAAUGUCAAGUAUUCUUUUAACAGCCAAACACUAAAAACAUUUCCCGUAAAGUAUUUUCCUACUACAAAAAGGUAAAGAAACAGAAGUGGUGGACAAGCGUUUAAUAUUAGUUAUUGAUUAGAUUCUUAUUUUAUUGGUCACUUUAGAAAGCCAACAAGAUAUUGUGUUUUUUUUUUUUUCCAAUUCCGAACUUAUUACUCUAUGAAGAUAUAUAAUCGUCAGUUAUUGAUUUUAGUAAAUAAUUUUUAAAAGGUUAGAGGUAAAGGCAAUUUCCUCAAAAUUCGUUAUUAUUGAUUUUAAUAAAUAAUUUUAAUGAGUAUGCUUUACCUUAAACGACACAUAAGAUAAUUGGGAGAGUGUAUUUCUCAGAGUUUGGUACACAUCCACACGAGUAACCAACAACAUAUCGGAGUGAAAUCUUAUUAAGUGGGGUCUGGAAAGGGCAUAGUGUACGCAAACCUUAUCCCUACGAGGUCGAGAGGCUGUUUCCAAUAUCCACACGAGUAACCAUACUCUAUAAUUCGUGGAGAUUUGGACCAAAAAAGUUACUCUUUGGAACAACUCGAACUUGGAGCUUUUGGGACUAAAGCUGAGGAACGAUUUACCCACACAAUUCAAAUAACUCAGGUUUUUCUGGUUUUUAUUUUUGAACAUUCAAAACUAAGCCAAGAAAUCAAAUUUUUUAAUCUUUAAUCCAAACCAAACCGAAAAACUAAAUCAAAUAACGGAAAAAUUUCAGACCAUUUUGAUUUAAUCGGAAUAACGCACCCCUUACCGGUUGCCAAGCUAAUUUUAACCAUAUAAGGUGUUUAAAUGUUGAAACUUCUUCUUUGUCCAAUUUGCAACUAAAAUGAAUUAUCUUGCAUCUCUAGUAUUUUUGUCCCGGUGGAUUCUUUCUCAGUUAAUAAAUGUCUGGAAUCGAGAGUUACUAAUUGGUGGAAUACUGGACAAUAUGAUACUUCAAAUUCGGGAAUUAAAGAGUUUUAGAAAGCGUUCUUAAUGAGAAAAAAGUGUGAAUAAAGGAUUCCACUGAAUUGAAUUGGGCCAUGAAUCUAAAAAAUGGUGAAAAUUCUUAUAACUGAUAAGAUCCAAAUUAUAUAGUGGGGACAUAAAUCAAGUGGUUCAAUUAAAAAAAGGCAAGAAGCUUUUAUUAGUACUUAGUACUUAUCAAUAUGCUAAUGAUUUAUUUAUCAAACUCAGUGCUACUGACAACGCCAACAACGGUCAAUUUUUUCAUAUCUCACUUAAAAAGCCUUGAAUACCGUUGUGUUCCAAAAAUUCUCCAUUUUUUCUCCUGUUUUCUUCUUCUAUCACACAUCCCCAUCAUCAUCAUAUUUUCAUAUUCAUAAAUUCCUCCAUUGAAGAGGUUGACCAUAAAGCAAGAAAAUAAAUGAGGUGCUUUACAGCUUGCUUUCGUACUAAUUCCAAUUACAAGAAAAUUACCAUAAAGCCAUGUAGUAGUAGUCGUAGCAUCUCUCCUAAAGCUCUGCAGAGUUUGGUCGAGACCCACGAAAAUGGUGAAGCUUCCUUAUCCAUUAUUAAUGCUAUAAAAGAAGAAGCUCGGCACAAGAUUGCAAGCCCCAUUAAUCUGUUUGAAGAAUCCAAGGAUACGGAGGAAGAAGAGUUGAAUAAAAAUAGCAGAAAGAAUUUGCUCGAGAUCCAAGAAAAUGGUGAAGCUUCUAUUAAUGCUACCAAAGAAGAACCUGAAAAUGAAGAACCCAAGAAUAAUGAGGAAGAAGAGUUGAAUAAAAGCAGCAUAAAGAAGGUUACAUUUGAUCUAAAUGUAUCAAUCUAUAAUGAAGAAUUAUUAGCAAACCAAGAAUCUGCAAAUUGCCUGGAAGAAGAAGAAGAAGUGAACGAACUUUCAAAUUCAAGCGUGUCAAGCUAUAUAUCUUAUGAUCCUCCAAACCAUAGAUAUCAUUGCUGCAGAAAGAGCGAUGAAGGAUUCGAAAAUAUUGAUCUCCAAGAUGAUGCCAACAAUAACAAUAAUGGAAAUGAAAUGAUUCAAGAAGAGUCGUCUUACGAGUCUUUAUUUUCGCUCUCCAUAGAUUCUACUAGGAGAAGAAACAAUAAUCCAACACCAGAAAUGGAUGAAAAUAAGGAGGUCAAUAGUCCAUUUAAGCAAUCUAUCAAAUUUAGUGCUAAACAUCAGAUCAGCCAAUUAUCAGGGUUGAAUCCAAUUCAAUGCAAAGCAGGCCCCAUUACAACCCCGGCCUCACCAUUGAAAAAGAAGAAUCACGAGAAGGAGAAUAUUGAUAUGAAUCUUCUCGACUUCAGUAUUACGUAUAAUAAACGUGUACAAAAAGAGCCUAGUUUGAAGUGCGAGGAGAAUGAAAUCGCGGUUGAUACUAGCCUUUCAAGUUGGUUAGUCGAAUCUUCUCAAGACGACAACAACAACAUACCCAGUGUGGUUCCACAAGUGGGGUCUGGAGAAUCUUCUCAAGAUGAUACGUCAAAUUCCAAAACGGGUGAUGGUUCUGUUGGUAAUUCACCUUCGGGCAGGAUCAUGAAAUUCGAUGAUAGAUCAAUUUUAGGAGAGCUCAAAGAUGAAAAAAAGCCCAUUAUAAUCGGGACUGUUGGGAGCUAUUUGAGACGUACAGGGCAGACUACUACAGUGUAUUCAAACUAUGGCAUUUCAUCUUGCUGAGGCAUUAGCGUGCGCGCUCCCGGAGGAGGUACCCGGUGUUUUCACUCCCUACUAUUUUUUAGUUUGCUUAUCUUUUUUGCUGUUUUAUUUUGGUAAAUUCUGAUUUUUGUGGCUAUGAUAUUUUAGCCACAUUCAAUUAAUUGAAUUGUGCACUUGUGAUCAUUUUGAUUGUAAAUAUUCACAAAUUUUCUAUAAUUAUUAAUUGUUUCAUCACGAAAUUAUUACUGUAA